AUGGCCGACGCUGAAACCUUCGCUUUCCAGGCUGAGAUCAACCAGCUUCUGAGCCUCAUCAUCAACACGUUCUAUAGCAACAAAGAGAUUUUCUUGCGUGAAAUCAUAAGCAAUGCUUCUGAUGCUUUGGAUAAGAUUCGAUUCGAGAGUUUAACCGACAAGAGCAAGCUCGAUGCCCAGCCAGAGCUCUUCAUUCGGCUCGUGCCCGAUAAGGCCAACAAGACGCUUUCCAUUAUUGACAGCGGUAUUGGAAUGACUAAAGCAGAUUUGGUGAACAACUUGGGUACCAUUGCAAGGUCUGGCACCAAGGAAUUCAUGGAAGCGCUGCAGGCUGGUGCUGAUGUAAGCAUGAUUGGGCAGUUCGGUGUGGGGUUCUACUCUGCUUACCUUGUUGCGGAGAAAGUCAUUGUUACCACCAAGCACAACGAUGAUGAACAGUACAUUUGGGAGUCUCAGGCCGGUGGCUCUUUCACUGUUACUAGGGACACUGAUGGUGAGCAACUUGGAAGGGGAACCAAAAUUACACUCUUCCUGAAGGAAGAUCAGUUGGAGUACUUGGAAGAGAGGAGGAUCAAGGAUCUUGUGAAGAAGCACUCUGAAUUUAUUAGCUAUCCUAUCUACCUUUGGACUGAGAAGACAACCGAGAAAGAAAUCAGCGAUGAUGAAGAUGAUGAGCCCAAGAAAGAGGAAGAAGGGGACAUCGAGGAAGUUGACGAGGACAAGGAGAAAGAUUCUAAGAAAAAGAAGAUUAAGGAGGUUUCUCAUGAGUGGCAACUCAUUAACAAGCAGAAACCAAUUUGGUUGCGGAAGCCAGAAGAGAUCACCAAGGAUGAAUACGCUUCUUUCUACAAGAGCCUGACCAACGAUUGGGAAGAGCACUUGGCUGUGAAGCAUUUCUCUGUGGAGGGUCAGCUUGAGUUCAAGGCCAUUCUCUUUGUACCUAAGAGGGCACCCUUCGAUCUGUUUGACACCAGGAAGAAGAUGAACAAUAUCAAGCUUUAUGUCAGGAGGGUGUUCAUCAUGGACAACUGUGAGGAGCUCAUUCCUGAAUACCUUGGAUUUGUGAAAGGUGUUGUUGACUCUGAUGACUUGCCCCUCAACAUCUCUCGUGAGAUGCUGCAGCAGAAUAAGAUCCUGAAGGUGAUCAGGAAGAAUCUUGUAAAGAAGUGCAUUGAGAUGUUCAAUGAAAUUGCUGAGAACAAAGAAGACUACAACAAGUUCUAUGAUGCUUUUUCGAAGAAUUUGAAGUUGGGUAUUCAUGAGGAUAGCCAGAACAGGUCCAAAUUGGCUGAUUUGCUCAGAUACCACUCUACAAAGAGUGGUGAUGAAAUGACAAGCUUGAAGGACUAUGUUACAAGGAUGAAGGAGGGACAAAAGGACAUUUACUACAUCACUGGAGAGAGUAAAAAGGCCGUGGAAAACUCACCUUUCUUGGAGAGACUUAAGAAGAAGGGUUAUGAAGUUCUUUACAUGGUGGAUGCCAUUGACGAGUAUGCUGUUGGACAACUCAAGGAGUACGAUGGCAAGAAAUUGGUUUCAGCUACAAAGGAAGGGUUGAAAUUAGAUGAUGAAACUGAAGAAGAGAAGAAGAAGAAAGAGGAGAAGAAGAAAUCAUUUGAAGAGCUCUGCAAGGUCAUCAAGGACAUUCUGGGAGACAAAGUGGAGAAAGUUGUUGUCUCUGACAGAAUUGUUGAUUCUCCUUGCUGUUUGGUCACUGGUGAGUAUGGAUGGACUGCUAACAUGGAAAGAAUCAUGAAGGCUCAGGCUCUGAGAGAUAACAGCAUGAGUGGCUACAUGUCUAGCAAGAAGACCAUGGAAAUUAACCCUGACAAUGGUAUCAUGGAAGAGCUGAGGAAGAGAGCUGAAGCUGACAAGAAUGACAAGUCUGUGAAGGACCUAGUGUUGCUUCUCUUUGAGACUGCCCUUUUGACUUCAGGUUUCAGCCUUGAUGACCCCAACACCUUUGCUUCGAGGAUUCACAGGAUGCUGAAGUUGGGUCUCAGUAUUGAUGAAGAUGAGAAUGCUGGAGAUGAUGUUGACAUGCCCCCACUGGAAGAGCAGGAUGCUGGGGAGAGCAAGAUGGAAGAAGUGGACUAA